UGAAGACACCAAAGUUGAAGUUUUGUUAAAUCAAAGGAUAUUUUUCUAGAUAAUUUGUAAGAUGUCAAAAUUGUACAAUUCAGAAUACCUUUGUAAAGAUGAAGAGUUUAAUAAUUUUAUGGUAAAAGUUAGUGAAGUAAAUAAUAUUGUACAAAAAUUGGCUUCAAAAGAUAAACAAAUACAAGAAAUUGGCAACAUAGAAGCGCAAAGAUAUCUUAAUGACGAUGGACAGAAUUUGAAUGUAGACGAUAAUGUAGAAUUAAAAGUUAAAAAUGCAAGAACACUGAUUAACAAGAAAGUUCUAGAAAAUGAGCAAAAAGAUCCAAAUAGCAUGUCACAAGAAGCAUUUAUGAAAGAAGUUGAAAAAGAUGCUGAUAAGAGGUACACAGAUAAGUUGGUAAGGAAAGAAAAAAUGGAAACCUUUAAAAAACAAGCCACGCUUGCAUUCAGAAGAGGGGAAUUUGAAAAGGCAUUAACUUUAUAUAAUAAGGCAAUUGAACAAAUUAAAGACAGUGUACUAUUAUAUAAUAACAGAGCACUAACGUACAUUAAUCUUAAAUUAUACGAAAGAGCGCAAGAAGAUUUGAAGCUGGCUCUACGACUAAAUGAAGAUUGUCUGAAGUCAUGGUUGUUGUUGAUAAAGAUAAAUUUUUUGCAAAAUAAUAAAGAAGGAUAUGAACGUGACAUAAGAGAAGUAUUGGAGCGGAAUCCCAAUGACAAGGAUUUUAUAACAGAUUAUAUAAACAAUCUUCAAAGUGAGUACAAGCAUAGUGAAGACAAAUUAUGAUAAUAUAGGAUUUCCAAAGCUUCAACAGUGGGAAAUGAUUUAUAUUUAUACUAUUGUUUCGACUUUAUAGUUUACUGAAAAAAUUUUUAAUUAUAUUUUAAUUAACUUUAAAGUAAUAAAUUUUAGAUCACAUUUUAAUAUUUAAUAUUACAAAGGCGUUUAAAAUUAUAAAUUAUACCUAUAAUAAUUAUAGUUAUAAAUUAUAAUAUACUUUCAGCUCAGCAAAUGUUAGUAAAAAAUUAUAGAAAAUUAUGUAAGUACAUAAUAAUGUAGAAUUGUAGAAUAUAAUUGAGUGUGUUUUUAAUAAAGUCUGGUAUAUUACAACUAGUAUGGUAUUUAUUUAGUAGAAGAAAUUAAAAUGAAAGUAAUUAAAACAGAGAGAACAAGACAAAACAAAAGAAGAUGAAACCUGGAAAAGUUUCUAGUACAGGAACUAAAAGUACAACAGAAGACAACCCUAAAGGAAAAUCUAACAGAAUCAAAUAACACAGAAGAAAUAUGGAAGAAUAUAAAAGAAUCCAUUCUGAAUUCAGCUGAGGAGGUGCUAGGACAGAGGGAAAAUCCUCAGACGGAUUAUGGGCCCUAUAAGAAUGGAGAAAUGAGAAGAAGAAUAAGAAAGAAGAAAUGAGGGACAUAAUAAAGGGAGAACAUAUAGUUAGAUUUAUUAAAGCGCAGAGACUGACAGGGCUGGGACACAUAUAAAGAAGGAAAAACGACCUACUGAUUAAGAAGAUCACCAGAUGGAAACUAGAAACUGAAAGACCAAGGGGAAAAUCCAGAGAAAGAUGGGAUAACCAGGUCAUGAGAGAUAUCAAAAUUAUAAAAGUGAGAAACUGGAGGGAAUUAUACAUAUAUAUCGAAAUGAGUGAAAGAAAAUUAUAACGAAAAUUACAUUCACCCAUUUGUCUACUUAACAAUUAUCGCUUAAUUACAGCGAUUAUUUCAUUCAUAGGAGAUUCUGACCAAUAGAAAGCUACAUAAAUCUAAAUUAGACUGAUAAUUUUUGAUAAUUUCCCGUCGUCAAAUAUAUUACGUCAGAUGCCCUUCGUUGCUAUGAAAAAAUACAUUCAGUGAUAUUAAUGACAAUUAAUGUUUUAAAAAUAUAAAAGUGAUGACUUUC